UAGAAAUACAUAGUAUUCAAUAUUAAAUUGAAAUCAAUUUGAAAAAAAAAUCCAUACCAAAAAAAAAAUUUAAUAUAGUAAUAAGGAAUUUUAAAUGCAAAAAAAUUUAUAAUUAUAAAUAUAUUUUUAUGUAAUCAUCUACCUAUACAUACAUAUACAAAUAACUUAAAAAAUAAUACAAUAUUUUUUUUUGAUAAAUCAAAAAUGUAAACCCCAACAAUAUAAUUGUAAAGGGAAAAUUAUUUUAAUGAAAAGAACCUAACCGGAGGAUUAUAAUCAAUAUACAAAGACAUAUAAAAUACAAAGAUUAUAAAUAAAAAUCAUUUGCAUACUUACUAAAUAUUUAAUAAUUUGUAAUACGUCAAAUCCUUGCCCAUUUUUUGUUUGGAUUAUAUUAAAACUAUUUACAUACAUAAUUUAAUAUUUAUAUGAAUUUUAAAUAUUAAAUAAAAAUAUAAGAAAAAAAUUAAAAAUAAAUCAAGAAAAAAAACACAAAAUUCAAAAUGAGUGAGGAACUACCAAUAUUAAAAGCAAUUCUUAAGGGAAAUGUUAAUUAUCAUAAUGCACCUGUGCGAUUUGGUCGUGUACCAAAACGCGAAAAAGCUCGUAUAUUAGCUGCUAUGCAACAAAGUACACAAAAUCGUGGCCAACAAAGACAAUUAGCAACUGAAUUGGAUGAUCAACCGCGUUUAUUAGCAGCUGUAUUACGUGCACAUAUGGAAACAUGUGAAUUUACAAAAGAAAAAGUUGCAGCUAUGCGUCAAAGGGCACGUGAAUGCCCUUCAUAUUCAAUGCCAACAUUAUUGGCAUGUCCAUUAAAUCCAGCACCAGAAUUACAAUCUGAACAAGAAUUUUCAGAACGUUUUGCACAUGUUAUACGUGGUGUUAUUGAUUUUGCUGGUAUGAUACCAGGAUUUCAAUUAUUAAAUCAAGAUGAUAAAUUCACUUUAUUAAAAGCUGGUCUUUUUGAUGCAUUAUUUGUACGUUUGAUAUGUAUGUUUGAUUCAUCAAUAAAUAGUAUAAUUUGUUUGAAUGGACAAGUAAUGCGUCGUGAUGCUAUACAAAAUGGUGCAAAUGCUCGUUUCUUAGUUGAUUCAACAUUUAAUUUUGCAGAACGUAUGAAUUCUAUGAAUUUAAGUGAUGCUGAAAUUGGUUUAUUUUGUGCAAUUGUAUUAAUAACACCAGAUCGCCCUGGUUUACGUAACAUUGAAUUAAUUGAUAAAAUGUAUAGCAGACUAAAGGGUUGCUUACAAACAAUAAUCAAUCAAAAUCGUCCAGAUCAACCAGAUUUUAUGUCUGAAUUAUUAAAAACAUUACCAGAUUUAAGAACUUUAAGUACAUUGCAUACAGAAAAAUUAGUUGUAUUCAGAACAGAACAUAAAGAAUUAUUAAGACAACAAAUGUGGCAAAUGGAAGAUGAUCAACCAUCAAAAAGUCCAGGAUCAUCCGGAAGUAAUUGGGAUGAUAGAGAUCGUAUGAUUGAUGAUAUGGCUAAAUCACCAAUGGGUUCAGUAUCAAGUACUGAAUCAGGUGAUAUUGGAGAAUAUUCGCCUCAACAUCAUCAUCACCAUCAUCACUAUCAUGGACAUAAUCAUCAUCAUCAUGGACAUCAAUCAUCUUUAGCAAGUUCUGCUCCACUAUUGGCAGCUACCUUAUCUGGUACAUGCCCAUUGAGACAUCGUGCAAAUUCUGGUUCAUCGGCUGAAGAUAUCGAUGUUGUUGUUGGCUCACAUGCUCAUUUAACCCAAAAUGGUUUAACAAUAACCCCAGUUGCAAGAUCACAUUCUACAACCUCUUCAACACAUUUAUUGCAUCAUCAUUUAAGUAACGGUGGUCGUUACAGAAAGUUAGAUUCACCAACCGAUUCUGGCAUAGAAAGUGGUAAUGAAAAGGCUGAAUCCACCAAAACUGUAAGCAGUGGUGGUGGAUCAUCAUGCUCAAGCCCAAGAUCAUCUGUUGAUGAUGCUUUGGACGCUGAAGCUGUAGCCCAUGUUACAAAUGGCCAUUCAACAACAGCAGCAGCAGCAACAACAAAUUCAACACCGCAAAGUAAUAAUAAUAGUAAUGCCAGCAAUGGUGCAACGAAACGACAGAUCGUUGAAGAUAUGCCAGUUUUAAAACGUGUAUUACAAGCACCACCAUUAUAUGAUACAAAUUCUCUAAUGGACGAAGCAUACAAACCACAUAAAAAGUUCCGUGCUCUACGCCAUCGGGACUACGAUAGCUCAGAAAAUGAUCCACACACAACAAGUACAACUGGCAAUUCUUGCAAUUCAAGUGGCGCAGCAACUUCAACAACUACACCACCAAUAGUUCAAAUUACACCAGCUGGUCAUUCAACAUCACCAAGUCCAAGCACCAACCAACAAUCAACAACAACAUCAUCUGCUUCGCCAACAACCGUACCCCAAAAUAUACCGUCACCAUCACCAGUGAAUCAGCAACAAAGUCAAUUGCAUAUGCAUCUGACACGAAAUUUAAAUACUACCACCAAUAAUUCUACAUCAAAUAGCAAUAAUUUGAAUAGCAGUAACAGUAAUAGUAAUAAUAACUAUAACCAUCACAAUAACAGUAAUUUAUCAACAACAACACAAUCAACAUCGGCAGCUCCAGCCCUAUCACCGCAAAUACCAACAAAUCAGCAACAACAUUCGUCCUUAUCAAGUACACAUUCAGUACUAGCAAAAAGUUUAAUGGCUGAACCUCGUAUGACACCUGAACAAAUUAAACGUUCAGAUAUUAUACAAAAUUAUAUUAUGCGCGGUAGUAGCAGCAGCCCAAAUCCAAAUGGUUUAAUUGUUGCUCAAACAAAUAAUAAUAGUAAUCCACCAUCUCAAUCAUCACAUAAUCAUCAUCAUCAUCAUUAUCAACCAUCAGCAUCACCAUUAUUAAUUGGUAAUGCACCAACAUCACCAUCAACAACAACUGUAACACUAUCAUCUCCACCACCACCAUCUCAUCAGCAUCAACAACAAUCUUCAGGACAACAGCAACAUACAAUGCGGUGGCAGGGUCAAAGUGUUAUUACAACAACAACCCUACGUCAACAAUCUGUUUCACCGCAUAGUAAUAGUAGCAGUUGUAGUAAUGGUAGUACAACAAAUAGUAGUUACUUUCAAUCACCGCAUUCAACAUCAGUUAGCCCGCCGCGACCAUCACCAUCAGCAACACAUUCACCACGUUUAAUUGAAUUACAAGUUGAUAUUGCUGAUUCCCAGCAACCAUUGAAUUUAUCAAAAAAAUCACCAACACCACCACCACCAUUAUCAGUAACAACAGUAUCAUCAAUACAACAACAGCAACAACAUGUGCAAAAAAUACCAGCUGCAUUAGUAGCGCACAAAUAUCCAUCAGUAUCACCUGAUGUAACAGUUACAGCGGCAACACCAAAUUGCCCACAAGUAACAGUAUCACCGGCACCAUCCCCAGCUACAACAACAACAAUACACAAAGUUUUAUUAGAAGCGUAACAAUUUAAGUUUUGCAAAAAAUAAACAUUUUUUUCAUUACAUAUUUGGUUAGUUUUUAAAAGUAAAAAAAAAAAAAAAACAAAUAGAAAUGAAAGUGAGUAAAUUGGAAUUUUAUAAUAAUUAAAAAUAAUUAUGUAUGUAACUAUUAAGAAGAAUUGUAAAAACAAAAAACAAUGUAGCAGUAUAGGAAAAAAAAAUUUACUUUUAAAUAUAAGAAUUUUUCAAUAAAACAAGUAAAAAAAUUACAAAAAAAAAAAAAAAUUUGAAAAAAUCAAAGAGAAAGAAGAGUGUGUUAUGUAGAUCAUAAAUUCUCUCUUUUAUUAUGUACAUAUGAAGAAUUAACUAAACAACAAAAGGUAAAUGAUGCUAUAGUUUGUAUUUUAUUAUAAAUUUAAAUAUUUUUUUUUUUCUUUUUUUGUGGAAAAAAAAACACACAAACAAUUAAUAUUAUAAAAUAUUUAAAAAAAUUAAUAAAUUAAUAAACAUGGCUUAAGUUUUUUUUUUUUCUUUAUAAAUCAUUUAGAAUUAGCUUUGUUGUUCUACAAUAAUUUUUUUUUUUUUAAUAAUACUUUUAAUUUUUUAAAAUUAAACAAAUUGAAAUUUAAAUUUCAAUUAAUAAUUUUCAAAUAAUCAAAAUUAAAUUUAAUUGUGAGAAAUUUAUUUUAAUUUUCUCACAGAAACUCCAACAUGAAAUUAUUUCUUUUUGCGAUUUUAAUUUCAAAUUCAUAUUACAA